GGGGACCUUUACAUUUAACUUUAAUAGCUUUGGCAGAUGGGCGUACCAGAUUGCGUUCGAUCCGGUACGCACGUCUGUUAAAGCUUUUAUACGUCAAAUUAAAUUUGUAUAUCUGUGGUACUUGCUAAUGUCAUAAUCCAUCCAAUCCAUUUUCAUUUAGUCUGUUUCUAAAUAAAAACAACUGUUUAGUAAAUAGCUCAAUCAAGAUUUCAAGUGUUUUUCCCUUACUGCAUCAAUAUAAAUUUAGGUUCUACAAAUAACUAAUUGCGACAUGCCUAUUUAAUACAUUUUGGCUUUCUUCACACAAUUCGCAAGGUUAACUUCUCCGUAAAUGGAAUGGAACUUUGAAGACUACCACUAAUCAUGGACUUAAUCAGAAGAUCAUGGAAACUACAGGAAUUUGUCGCCCACAAGGCGAAUGUCAACUGUUUGGCCAUGGGGCAUAAAUCCAAUCAAGUUCUAGCCACUGGUGGCGAUGACAAAAAAGUUAAUCUAUGGGCCAUUGGCAGGCAAAGUUGUUUGAUGAGUUUAAGUGGGCACACUACCCCAGUAGAAUGUGUGUGUUUUGGCCACUCUGAAGAUUUAGUCUGUGCCGGCUCACAGACUGGAGCUCUGAAAAUAUGGGACUUGGAGGCAGCAAAGCUACUCAGAACAUUUACAGGACACAAAGGAGCUAUUAAGUGUAUGGAUUUCCAUCCAUACGGGGAUUAUUUAACCACAGGCUCUUGUGACAAUAAUAUCAAACUGUGGGAUACAAGGAAAAGAGGCUGUAUUGUGACAUAUUCCAGUCACAGACUUGCUGUAAACAGUUUGCAGUUUAGCCCGGAUGGACAAUGGAUUGCCUCAGCAUGUGAAGAUGGCAUUGUCAAAGUGUGGGAUGUAAGAGUGGGCAAGGUUCUGCAGGAGUUUAGAGAGCACACAGCAGCCGUGACUUGUGUAAAGUUCCACCCCCACGAGUUCCUGCUGGCCAGCUGCGGUAUGGACAGGACUGUCAACUUCUGGGAUAUGGAGAAAUUUCAAUUGGUAUCUAAGUUUGAAAAGGAGAACACUUCUAUUAGGUCUAUGGUGUUCAGUGAGGAUGGCACAACGCUUCUGGGGUGUGGUAAUGACGGAUUGCAUGUGAUUGGCUGGGAGCCCGCUCGAGUGUUUGACACUGUACAUGGCCACUGGGGCCAAAUACAUGACAUCACAGUUGCCCAUACACAACUUAUUGCUGGAUCAUUUCAUUCAACCUAUGUGUGUUUGUCAGUGGUUGAUCUCAAUAAAGUCCAUCCAUUUGGAGGCCCGCCACCAGUGACACCACCUGUAGUUCGAGAUUUGUCACCCUUCCAAAAAGGACAGUCUGUCAGAAAAAGUUUCUCAAAGGAAAAACCAUCUAAAGAAGUGAUCCAUAAGUCAACACCCCUGGAUGAGAAGACCGCCGAGGAGUCUACGUCCGGCACCGAGGCGGACGAGGACGGCGCGGUCAUAUCCAACAUUCAUGACUACACAGAAAUUUUUCGGCCUUCCAGGGCAUUGAAUCGCACGCCACCACCAGCAACUAGUUUAUCCUCUGAAGAUUACUCACUACCAACCGAGGAGUGCGUGGGCAAGGACGGCGCGGGGCUGAGCGGGUCGCUGCGCGACCUGCUGCUGGCCGAGCCGCCGCGCCCCCUGCUGCUGGCCGAGCCGCCGCGCCCCCUGCUGCUGGCCGAGCCGCCGCGCCCCGCGCCCGCGCCGUCGCCGCCGCAGCGCCACCGCGCCGACUACUCGCGCAUACCCACAUCCACUACUGUCAAAGCGGAGUCCUUUUCAAGGUCGGUGGAGAACAACGCUAAAGAGGAUAACACAUUCACAGCGCCGCCUAAGACUGCUUCCCGGGACUAUGUCAUGCCUCAGCCGCACGCCGCCAACUCGCUUAACCGACAUAACUCAUGUAAAGAAUCUAAAUCUACCGACACGUCAACGGGUAACCUAUUAAGAUCCAGCAAUAGUGAAAUGUCAUUAGUACCACCGUCACUGGGACCACGGUCUCUUUCAUUCACCAGGACGUCUUCAGACACAACAAGGCGAAGAGUAGAUAAUAUAGUAAGGGAGACCGUGGUGGUGUCUCGGCCUACAGAGCCGGAUGAGCCGGAGUUCGUGCCCUUUGCCUCAGACAGACCCGUUGGGUUGGACCUCGACGAAUUUUUACCAAGGGCGCUAGCGGUGGGCGGCGCGCGGCGCGGUGUACGCGGCGGGCCCGAGCCCAGCGAGCAGGAGGUGCUGGGCGUCAUGAUGCGCGGACACGACUCCAUGAUGGCCGUGCUCAGCGCCAGGCAGCGGGCGCUGCAGAUAUUCCAUUCAGUUCGAGUCAAUAAAAAUCUGAAAAUUGCCUUAGAAUCAGUAAUCGCUCUGGAGGAUACAUCAGUAAUUUUAGAUAUUUUGAACGUCAUGGCGCAUAAACCGUCACUCUGGAAUUUAGACAUUUGCCUUUUAAUGCUUCCUAAAAUAUACGAAUUGUUGCAGAGCAAAUAUGAAUCGUACAUGCAAUGCGGCUGCAACGCGCUCCGGCUGAUCGUGCGCAACUUCUCGUCCGUGGUGCGCGCCAACGUGUCGGCGCCGGUGCGCACGCUGGGCGUGGACAUCCCGCGCGAGGAGCGCUACGCCAAGUGCGCGCAGAUCCACCGCCUGCUGCUCGACGUGCGCGCCUUCCUGCUCAAGCGGCAGACGCUGCAGGGCCGGCUCGGCGCCGCCUUCCGCGACCUCCACACGCUCAUGCAGCAGGGGCUCGACUGACCGUCGCAACCGCGUCUCGGUUAUAUAACAUGCCAUAGACGAGACCUAUAGUACACGUAUACGGUUGAGCAUAUCGUGGAAAGUAUGUUUACUAUACUUCUUAUGUCUAUACAUACGAUGCAUUUUUAAGUGGCCUUUUAAUUAAGUAUUAAAUUGAUGUAUUUUGUGAAUAUUUCCGGAAAAUGUAUACGCGACUAUACAUUUUUUUCUAUACUGCCUUUUUGGUUUCCUGACUGGCAAAUAGACCUAAAUAUGUAACAUUUUAGUUUUUGUGUAAGAAACUUAUGAAUAUGAACAGUUUUAUAAGAGAGAGAAUCCCUUAUACCCUCUAUGAAAUUAAAAAAGUAUUAAAUUUGUCAUCAUGGACCCCAGGAAUAUACAUUAAAACGGGCAUAUUUCCAUGUUUGUCUUAAGAUUUAUUCUAACUCAAUUUCGGGCUACCGUUUUUAUGCCCACCAGUUGGCGCCACUGUAGAGUGAGGUCCAGAAAAACAAUCGCAAUAUUCUGCUAUGCUAAUUAAAAAUAAUAAUAUGUUCUAAUAUACACAAAGGUAUUUUAACGUCUAAAUUUGCCUUUUAUAAACCUGUUUAUUUUUGCAUAUAGUUUAGAUGGCUCUUUUUUUAAACCACUAUAAUAUUUCUUCUUCUAAUGUUUACAUUGAUUAAUCGAUCAAGGUUGGAAUUCUGUGCAUUUGACAUUUUGGAAGACCUUCGUCUACACUAGCGCCACUAACGGCCAAAUUAAAGGCGAUAGCCUAGCCCUCAUUGCUUCUUAACUUUAAUUCCGUCCCUCUUUAGUUACAGCGGCCCAUUAGUAAUAAGUAGGUAUUUAGUAUGAUUUUAUAAUUAACAAAUUGAUCUUUAUUUUUUAUCAUGAGACUCAUUAUCGCUACACCUUAUAAAACAAAGUCCCCCGUCGCGUUUGUUUUUUGUACGUAUGUAUGUUUGCGAUAAAUUCAAAAACUAAAUGGAUUUUCAUACGGUUUUCACCUAUCAAUAGAGUGAUUCCUUAGGAAGAUUUAGGUGAGUAAAUUCUUAAGGUUCUACCCAUGUAUUUUAUUAGAUAACUAUACUUGAUUGUAUACAUUUUGUACUGCAAAGUGUAUCCAUUUUCAGCGCUGGUAUUAUUCUUCUAUCAUCUAUGACUAUCACUCUUUAGUGGGAUGUUUUCAAAACCGACUCAAUUAAGUUUAUAACAUGUACUUAACUCAUUAACUAUGACCAUGACAACAAACAUUCCUAAAUCUGUGCUGUGAAACGGGAAAGUUUUAGCCAACUCGAAUAAAUAAGAAUUUUACUAAUACCAGCGCUGCUAAUGGAUACACUUUGCAAAAUUUAUACAAUUGAGUAUAGUUAUCUAAUAAAAUACAUCGGUAGAACCUUUAUCAUGAAUUUUAUAGUUUCAAAAUUUUAUACAUUUUUUUAGUCCAAUCAAAUUGAAUUGUGUUAGGUUAGGUACCUUUAUUAGUAUGUAUUAGGACUAUUAGGUACCUAGUAACCUGGCUAUCUUUUAUUUAAAUCUUGUCAGCUAAAUUUAAAAUAUGACUUAGUCUGAGAGAUUAGUUUUGGUUUACUUCAGUGAUUUUGAAGCAAUCUCAUCUAAUGCAACCAUAUCAGGUUCAAGCUCAUUAGUCUCAAGGUCCACAUUUAAAAUAACACCUACUGUCUAGGCUGUCAAAAUAGCUGCCAACUUCCCUUAACACCUUAAAAAAAAUUCAGAAAAUUCCUGUAACAAGAACCCAUGUCUACUUACAACUGAAAUUCCCAUACAAACUAUUAAGGGAAAAUUUGGUCAGGCAGUAAUUUGACAAUUUUUCAUUGGUUUUGUGGUUGCAUUGUGAUUUUGUUCGUUAAAUAAUGUUUAUAUGGCAGUAUAAUAAGAUACACCCUAGUCUAGAGUUGAACCAGGAGAAAAACAGAUAUGUGUAUUGCUUUAACACUUUUACUUGUUAUACUGUUGGUUCUAUGCUUCUAGGUCAGAUACAGGCAGUACAGUGAACUGCCAUGCCAGAAAAUUGAUGAAUUGAAUAAUACUUACAUCAAUGUUCAUUUUGUUUUAGUAGAUGCAAUAGUUUGUCAUCUAUGUAGGGUAGUUGUACAGAUUACACAUGCAUGUUUUAAUUUAAGUGAUUAGACAUCAAAUGAUAAUUGAAUAGACUGAAUAAUCAUGUAAAAACUUGACAAAAUAAUUAUUUAACUUCCAAGACUAACUAAAUCAACUGAAAUAAAUACCAUUUUCAAUAUC